AUGGAUAAGGUUCGCGUGCAGGACGGGGAUGACAGGAGUUCAGAUUCCGUCGACUUGAGCGCAUUGAACGAUAAUGAGACGGACGACUUUGGGAGGAAGCUCUUGGCUGCUCAGCGGGAGAAACGCGCUCUCAACCAGAAUGACGGCACUCGACAACUGUUUCCACGCGCAAGACCGCGACCGGUACGACCGAAGACGACAGACCCAGUAUUGACGCUGGAAGGCACGACGACAAUCACGACCGAGACGCGAUCUGCUCACCAGAGAAUCGCGAGUGAAGGAGACAACCGGCUGACACCUGCGCUUAACGUGCCGCAGGAAUGGGGCAGACGGGCAAAGAAGAGGGAAUGGCAGCGGAGAUCAGUGUCGGAUGAGUAUAGGAUUGUGAGGCAGGAUAAAGACUCUAUUUGGCCGCACCAGACGCUGUACACAGGCGAUGAGCAUCCCGUGCUGAGUCCUGGAGGUGUUGGUGUCUUACCGAGCGUGGAGGAUACGCCGCCCUCAAUGACCCGCAAGAGGAUCAUGUCAAGUCCCAACUCGAUGCGCCAUAUGAAUACUACAAUCCAGACAACCCACAGCGAUGGCGAAGACUUGGACUUCAACGAUGCGAGCAUGCUCGUCUCGACGCCUGCUGCUGUAAAUCGCAGAGACAGGAAGAUCGAUGAGCUGAUGAAAGGGGAGACCAAGGACACCGGGAAGCAUGGAGACUCGAGGAGGAGAAUGUCAGAAGUUUUGGAUAGACCCGGCAGCGCGCCGUCCUUGGACCUUGCUAGUAGGGUGGCAAGGCGGAGAGAGAGGCGGCUGAGCGACAAGGAAAAUGUUCCUAAUGCUGUCGAAGAAGGCUCGAAUACUGCAAAGGAACCCGCGCUGGGGAGAGAUCAGAUGCAGUCGCAUUCACAUUCGCGCAACGACUCGAUUGCACUGCUGAGAAAACUUGCGCGUGUAUCGAGCUUGUCGCCCAGUCCUGGCCAAGACAAGAAGGUAGCCGAUGAAGCUGUCAAACCGAACGCAGCUCCGCUCAGCAAUGUAGCAGAAGCGCUUCGCUCCACUGCCGACAGAAGCACUACGACUCGCAAUGCUGUGUCGCGAACAGAGGCGCGGCGAGUGCGCAUUCACGAUGAGAAGGCAAGAAGAGAAGAGCAAGCUGCAGAGGAUACUCAGCCUGCACGAGGCUUAGCUUUGAAGUCAUCAUCAGCAAGCUCUCGUGAUCCUAGGAGAGUACUGUCGGAGCCGUCUCACCCAAAGUCUGCACUAGAAGCAGUGGUUUCAGGUGCGAGAGCAACUCGAGAUCCUCAGCUUGGUGAAAGCACAAUUGCCUCUCUGGAGAACAUUGUCCACCCCGACCUCGAACGGACGAGCUCUAACACUGCGGAAGAUGUUACCAGAGAUGUUCCCCCAGACGCUGAAAAUCUCAAGCAUCUCACACAAACUGAGAAAGACCGCAGACAGGAAGCCCUCGCUCUUGAAGCACUCAAUAAGCGACUUCGCAACACGCGCACUACGAUCAAAGACGCUUCACGCGGUAUCAGGCGAAUAGAGAAUCAGAUCGAGAAUGCGACAGGCCAACAAGUCAAAAACGAAGAGGCUGACGCCAAUGAUGAACAGAUUCGCGAAAUACAUCACGUCAAAGGUGACCAGGCCCCACACUGGCCUCGCCACCUCAAGCCUUACACUCAACCGCACGAUUUUCGCACCAUAUGCGAACACUGUGGCGGCUCAUUCACCUCCGUCUACUCGGCUCUCUGGACCGAAACUCGAGAGUUCUUCUUCACCUACACCGGUCCUAAUCACGACAGACCCCGGCCCACCGCGGUCGGCUGGGCUGUCUUAUCAUUCAUUCUCUGGUACUGGAUCGAAUCAUCCCUUUCCGAUCCAUGGGGCUACAGUCGAAUCGCCGAAGUCCACUUUCCUUUUGCACUCCCAGCUUUACUAUUGAAGCCUUUCCGGUGGGCAGGCUGGAUCGAAUACCCUGUUGGGAGGUGGAUUGAAGAGCUGCUUGAGCCUGUGCUGCACACCAUUUUCGGGGUUUCGACACCGCCUGUGAUGAGCAUUCCUACUUCCGCCGGUGCUGGCGCUGCAGGAGGCAGACUUGCAGAGAGUUCUGUGACAGGGACACCGUACAGUGAGUGGGUCAAAGCUACUGCUACUGCUGUUACCGGCGCCACUACGAAGGUUGUUGGUGGUUUUGGGGAGGCUUUGGAUCACGCGGGGAGGAUGUGGGACGAUGAAUUCCUGGAUCUUUGA